AUGCGCGCUUCGCUGUCGCGGCAGGAGGAGCAAGCCUUGGAAAUCGAGGCUUUGCAGUCGAUUUUCGAGGGAGAGGAGUUCAAGAGUAUUUCCGAAAAGGAGUCUGCGGAGAAGAGGAGCUCCCUGGGAUGCGAGCGGAUGCGAGCGGAAGCGAGCUGCGCGUCUGCGGCGCGUCUGUCGCGCGCGCGCGCCGGGGCCUUGCAGGAGAACCACGUCGGUGUCGCGCUCCACGUCACGUACACCGACGCCUACCCCGACGAGCCCCCGAUAUGGGAACUCGAGGAUGUUCUGGGUCUAAGUGACGAGAAGCUGGGGCAGCUGAAGGAGAAAAUCACUGAGACGAUUGAGUCGUCCAUCGGCAUGGCCAUGAUCUACUCCGUGACGGAGGCAUGCCAGGACCGCACGAAGCUCAGCUGCAUGUCGGGAACU